AUGGAAAUGAUUUCCAAGAGAUUUGAAGAGCUUGAUGUUUAUGGCAAAGUUACUUUGAAGAGUAAACUUCGAGAAAUUGCUUACCAUGAUCUAAACUCUAUGUGUGCUCCUUCAGAAAUGGUGAAAACAAAAGGUGCUCAAAAGAGACCGAUGACCAAGCAACAAAGAUCUACACAACGUGAUCCCUCGUAUUGGAAGCAUGUUGAUGCAUUACAUUCCGAGCAGAAUAGUAAUUCGUUAGUGAAACGUAAUGCAUCAUCAUCUGAGCAACCAUUUGAAAGAAGGACCAUGCUGAUGUUGGAUCAAUUUCAUCUAUGCAUUUAUGAUUCCAUUGUAAACAUUGUUGAUGUGAAAGUUGAUGGUAACUGUGGAUAUCGUGCAGUUGUUGCCCUAUUAGGUAUGGGUGAAGAUUCAUGGUCAUUGGAGCGCAACCAUUUGCUUAAAGAACUUACAAAAUGGUCUGAUGACUAUAUAAACUUGGUUGGUGGUAUAGACCGAUUUGAGGAAUUAAAGCGGUCCCUACUUGUUGAUGGAUUAUCCAUGGUUAUCAUGGACAAGUGGAUGAAUAUAACUAACAUGAGAUAUGUCAUUGCAUCAAGGUAUUUCUAA